UUAAUCAGGACAUAACAAGCUUUUGAAUCAGCAUUACACCUUUGUACAGGACAUUGAAAGUAGUCAAACCACUUGACAGCAACAGAGAAGCCUGCUUUGCUUCAAAAACUCAAAUCAUAAAUUACGAUCCGAUCAUGCCCUGUAUACCAAUUGAACAUAUUUAUAUUGAUGUUGUGUUCAACAUCUGGUUGGAAAAUUUUCUUCUGAAAACACUCAGAUCACGAUUUGACUACGUGGUUUGUUGUAGAGAAUCGUAUGUCCAUUGACUGAUGGCUAUUUUAUUGAGCAUUUUCAAAACUUGACUUCAACUGAGUUCCCGACAUUCUAGGAUGAGUCUCGGCCCCGAUACCCACCCGCGCCGCCGCCCGUCUCCUGCCGCUCUCCACUCCCAUCCUCGAGCGUUUCUCCUCUACCUUGGUGUCCCCCAGCCAACCUGCCAAGCUGUCCCAGGUUUUCCCCAGUUGGAAGAAGGAGAGUUUGUCGCCAAUGGAAGCUCAGAUCUGAUCGAUUCAAUGGGGGCUCUCCUCCCUAAGCAAUCCAAAGCUGAUGCUGCUCAACCUGCUCGAGGGACAAGAAUCCCCCCUUCUGCUGAAGCCUUUGCAGCAGAUUUGGGUGCUCAGCGUCUGGUCUUUUCAAAAUCAACUUCACAGUUGAAGCUGGGAGAAGCCACAUCUUCUUCUCCAGUUCAAAAUCUUUUGCCCAAGCCUACAGGUCAAGCUGCAAAUCUAGACCUCUCAAGAAUGGAUCGCUCGCUUUACUCCACUGUACUGAGGAAAGAUCCCCAGCCAGCUGCAAUUUCGCAUCGGCCGUCAUUUCGAAUCUCCCAGCCCCCAAGCAAGAUCUUGCAAAGUCAAGCUCCUCGAGCGACUAACCAGUUGAGAGACGUUCAACCACCAGUUACAUCUCGUCUACCGCUGCAGGCUCGCCUUAAACCCCCGGUGUUCUCCAGGUUGGGGGAGGAGAGGCGGGUUGAAAGAGUUACUGCACAGCGGCUCUCUGAGCAGAGCGCCUCCCAACCAUCAACAGAUUGGCAUUUGGUAAAACCCAAGUACUGGUGGAGGAAAUGCGAAUCUCCAAUUCCCCAUGCCUUCAAUCCCCGCAACAACCCCUCAGAUGAGCAUUCAAGAAGAUUGAGGUUCCUCACCCAUAUGGAAGGUAAAUGCUUCCAUUGCCAAGUACAAAGCAUAGGGUGCAAGACUGCAGAGAUCCCCUCCGCUGUUGGUUCUGUCUAGGUAUUGGUCAUUUAUCUUCUUCAUGCAGAAAGAGGCUCUUUAAAUACCAGGACCAGCAUACCUCCCCCCCUACCAAAAAAGAUUUCCCUCCUCUUCUUCCUACUCCAAGAACAUCCCAGGUUCCCCCCUCUGUUCCCACCAGCCAUCCAGCUUCGGCAAUGGCCGAGGUCCCCAGUGACCUAGUCUCCAGGCCUGAGUUGAGCCACUGCAUGAUGUCUGCUACUGGAGAAGUUGAAAGGCUGCGCACCCUCUUCACUGCAAGAUCAGUGGUGGCCUGGACUGGCAAGGGAGGGCGUGUUGAGCUCAGUACCUUUGCAGACGACAUUCGCACUGCGUACCGCAUCCACCGCAACGACAUCCAAGUGACCAAGUUCCACCCGGAAGAUUUCUUCAUCACUUUCGCCAAUCACAGUGAUCAUGAAGCAGUUCUGCAGCAGCCAAGACUGGUGACAAGAAGCGGACGUGAGUACUUCUUUCGGCCGUGGGACGAGAGAAGGAAUGCGGAAGCAGUGGACAUCCAUUUCAGAGUGCGACUUUGCAUUGAAGGCAUUCCAAUGCAUGGAAGAACGGAGGAGGCUGUGGCCAAGCUCAUUGGCCCUCGAUGUUCAGUGCACUAUGUAGAAGAAUACUCCCGCCGUCGCAACAACAACAGCACUUUUGAUGUGUGGAUCUGGAUUUCAGACCCAAGCUCCAUCCCAAAGGCGUCAAGAUUCACCAUCACCCGCCAUGAUGCUGAAAGUGCCCCAGUUGACACCCCUUUCCCGGAUUUGGAGCCAGAGCAGCCAGCUCCUUGGGCGAGAAAAAAGGGACUAACCUAUCCUAUGAUCAUACAUGUUGAUUCUGUGCAGGACUUGGUGGCUCGCUACUACCGUGGUUAUCAGUGGCGCUAUGGUGAGACUGAUGAUGCAGCAAGAAGCAGGAUGGUCUCUAGGCCUUUGGAGCCUUACAGGCCCUUACCAGAACCUGACCGGCAUUCAGAUGAUGAGGAAGAUGAUCAUCAAGAGCAAAGAUCAAGAAGGAGGCACAGAAGCAGAUCGCUAUGGGGGCGGUUUGGUGGCCGCUCCUCUAGCAGAAGCAGAGAGCCUGACCGUGGAGAUAGGGGGAGAUACAAUGAAGAGAACAGAGGUCGUCAGCGGUCGUGUGAUGUUGUUGUCCACAGAAGCUGCAGCCGCAAUCUCUCCCGCUCGGCGGAACCGGGUGAGACGAGGCUGUGAAGGCAACUAAUGGCGUCUGAUCAUGCUGCUGAUCUGAUUCCAUCUGAAGGUGGCCACCCUCCUGCGAAGGUUGACACUCCUUGCAAGCCGCUCACUCCAAGCAGAAGAAGAAGCCUAGAUGCGGAUUCUGCGCCUUCUUUCUCUGUGUUCCCCCACAUUAUUUCUUCACCUGAUUUAGCCCCCAUCAUGCAGGACCAUGGUGUUGUCCUUGCACUCUUGGAGAAGCACCUAGACCCAAUGGUCCAUGAGGCAGAGAUUGACAGCAUGUACUCGCCUGACACUACGUUGCCACGUCCUGUUUCCCCUGUGUUUGUUCCUUCUGCAAGACAGGUGACACAGGCGACACCACGGAGAGGUGAUCUACCAGUUGAUGUCUUCCUUGCAGAGAUGACAACUCCGUCACAGCAGCCGUUGCUCCCAGUGCCGGGCAACAAACAGCGCCGCCCUUGCCGCAACAAGUACAAGAAACCUCUUUCCCCUGAUGCUGUCAAGACGAUUGUGGCACUGGUAGAGAAAGGAGGAGGCAAAUCCGUGCGCCUGCGUGGGGGGAAGAAAUCGGCAACUGUUACGCCGGUUUGAGCAGCCCCCGUCCCGAAGAUAGUCGCUGAUCAUGACCAUGUUUUGGAGCAGAAGACUGAAUGCCACUGCCCAGUACACGCCCUGCGGCUCAUGGAAGCUGUCAGCACAACUAAUGUUUCUCUGUGUUUCUGCCAAAUGUUCUGCCUGUGUUUCAGAGAAAGUUGUCUAUGUCUUCCCCCACCAUACUUUUCUAGCUCUGUAAGAGAUUGUGAUGUCAGUUGCCAUGUCUUUUGCUUAUGUCACAGCAAUCCUGUUUCAUCCUAAAUUGGAAUGUUAGAGGGCUCAACAACCCAGCAAAGAGAGACAACAUAAAACUUCUAGUUGAUGAUAUGAAAGCUACAAUUGUCUGU